UGUUGCAGAAAGACAAUUGAGUAUUGUUAGGUCCAAAGCACAGCUGGACAGCAGCUUCACCACAGCUUCAUGCUUUCGGUCGUUUUUCUGCCUUUUGUUUUGCUGAUCUGUCACUCCCAUGUUCCAGGAUUUCUCUGACCAGAGAGAAAUGGCCAAACAGCCGGCCAGCGCUCCCACCGGCUACAUCCCGGCGCAGCAGCCCGACGGAGCUGCGGGACUUACAGCAAGCAAACCGGACAACACGGCCGCCUGCCCGCCGGCUUCCCCUCACCACCACCCGGCGCCUCAGCCGCCUGCUCCCUGCAACGAGGGCAAAACUUUUUCUUCCACGGAAAAUAAACCGGGAGAACUGGACAGCAAUAAAGCGUAUGGGACGUUUAAAAACACCGCUCCAGCGGCCCCUGGAUCCGUGGUCGUGAACUCGGCCUUCAGGAAAGAAUCCGCAGGUUCGGCCCGAGAGGGGGCCGCCCUGUACGGCGACCCUAUCCGGACAGCAGAGCAGAACAACACCGCGGGCAACUGGACGGCUAUGAGCCAAACCACCAUCAUCCUGGGAACAGAUGGGAACACGUCUGUUCAGCCCGACACCGUGACGGGGGUAAAUCAGGCUGACGAGGAGGACGAAGAGGGAGAUGAGAAUAAGGCCAGAGGAAACUGGACCAAUAAACUGGAUUUUAUUCUGUCUAUGGUGGGCUAUGCUGUGGGUCUGGGGAACGUGUGGCGGUUUCCUUAUCUUGCCUUCCAAAAUGGUGGAGGAGCUUUUUUGAUCCCCUACCUGACAAUGUUGGGCAUUGCCGGCGUCCCCAUCUUUUUGAUGGAGGUGGCCCUGGGCCAGUUUGCCAGCCAGGGGCCCGUGUCAGUGUGGAAAUGCAUCCCAGCUCUGCAAGGUUGCGGGAUUGCCAUGUUGAUAAUAUCUGUCUUGAUAGCCAUAUACUAUAAUAUUAUUAUGUGCUGGACACUGUACUACCUGUUCGCUUCGUUGAAGGGCUCACUGCCAUGGGCUAACUGUAGGAAUGAGUGGAACACGGCGGAAUGUAAGGACAAAGACAUGCUGCUGCUAGACUCGUGCAUCCUGCGGGACAGAAACUUCACCUCCAUCAAGAACUCCUCUUUCUGUCUGUCCGCAAACACUAUGGGAAACCUGAGCAAACUGCUGAACAUGACGGUGGACGGCAACCACACCUACGUCAGCCCCAGCGAGGAGUACUUCAAGUACAACGUGUUGCACAUCUCCAAAGGAAUUGAGUUUCCAGGAGAUAUCCGCUGGCCUCUGGCAGGCUGUCUGAUGCUCGCCUGGUUAAUCGUCUACGCCUCUCUAGCCAAAGGAAUCAAAUCGUCAGGAAAGGUGGUGUAUUUCACAGCCACCUUCCCCUACGUGGUGCUGGUCAUCCUGCUCAUCAGAGGAGUGACCCUCCCUGGUGCCUUCAACGGCAUCCUCUACUUCAUAACUCCAAAGUGGGAGAAACUGUGGUCUGCAAAGGUGUGGAAAGACGCAGCCACUCAGAUCUUCUUCUCUCUGUCGGCUGCUUGGGGAGGCCUCAUUACUCUCUCUUCCUACAAUAAGUUCCACAAUAACUGCUACAGGGAUACUAUUAUUGUGACAUGUACAAACAGUGCGACCAGUAUAUUUGCUGGCUUUGUCAUCUUCUCGGUCAUUGGUUUCAUGGCACAUGAGUUGAAAGUGCCGAUAGAGCAGGUGGCGGAUGAAGGUCCAGGCAUAGCGUUCGUGGUGUAUCCAGAGGCGCUGACCAGACUUCCACUGUCUCCUUUCUGGGCGAUCAUUUUCUUCCUCAUGCUCCUGACUCUUGGCCUGGAUACCAUGUUUGCCACCAUAGAGACCAUCGUAACCUCGGUGUCUGACGAGUUCCCCAAAUACUUGAGGAAAAACAAACCUCUCUUUACUUUGAUCUUCUGUGCCAUCUUCUUCGUCUGCGGGUUCCCCAUGAUUACAGAGAAUGGGAUGUUCAUGCUGCAGUUGGUGGACACGUACGCAGCCUCCUACUCAUUGGUCAUCAUUGCGAUCUGCGAGCUGUUGGGGAUUUCCUACCUCUAUGGUCUGCAGAGAUUUUGUGAGGACAUUGAAAUGAUGAUUGGUUUCCAGCCAAACCGAUUCUGGAGAAUCUGCUGGGGUUUUGUGACUCCAACCAUUCUGACGGGCAUCCUAGGAUUGAGUCUGUACCAGUGGAAGGGGAUGACGUACGAGGACUACACCUACCCCACCUGGUCCAUGGUCAUGGGCUGGCUCAUGGUCUGCUGCUCCGUCAUCUGGAUCCCCAUCAUGUUCUGCGUUAAGAUGUACCUCGCACCCGGCAGCUUUAGAGAGCGCCUGAAGCUGGUCUGCUCCCCUCAGCCCGACUGGGGUCCCUUCCUGUUGAAGCACCGUGGAGAACGCUACAAAAACAUGACCGACCCCCUGGGAACCAACUCUCUGGGCCUCAAACUUCCCCCCAAGGAUUUCCAGCUCGGCACCUACCAGUAACCAGUAGCAGUUACCCUGACAUAAUUGUACCAACAACCUCCAACCCCUGCAGGGGGCACCUGGAGACCCCCCUUCCUCUCCCUUCUCUCCUGUUUGUGCUUCACCCUCAUGUGUCCUGUCAUCCUCCCUGUUUGGUGGAUCUGCAGACAGUCCCCCUCUCCCUUCCCUCCUUCCUCUCCACCCCCUCCUCUCUUCUUUCAUGGAGAAGUGGCUGCCCAGGUGGGGUCUACUCCUCCUCUGCGGCUUCGUACUCGAUUAAUGGGCUAUCAUUGCCCCCCACACAUGACCACUGAUUACUUCAGAACCCUUCCCAGGGAUCUUUAUUCCAAGAGAAAAUUGUGUCAUAAAAAUGACACGGCUCAGACUGCACUUGCAAUAUUAGACUCACCAUAGCUGCCCCCUAUGGAGUCGUGUGUGUGUGUACGUGCGUUUGUGUGUGCGUGUGAUAAUGAAUCACUUGGUGCGAGCAGACACAGGAAAACAAAAAGAAAAUUGUGCGACAGAGAAGCAGCGGUUCAAUGAGCUCGGCGGGGAUCUGUGUUUUGUUCCAUUCGUGUACACAUUUCCAACAGCAUUACCAAUAAUAUCAGCCUCUGGAAAAAAGAAGAAAAAAAAAAUUGCUCUGGUUUCACAUUGUGUUCCUACCCAGCAGUAUAUAUGUAUAUUCACAGCAGCUUCUGCUCACCUGCUCUUGCUUUGUUAAAAAUAGAUUACACGAUCUGCAAUGUGUGCCUCCUCCUUCGCAGUAGAGUAGCGAAUGCAUCCUGAUAACCACUUUCAGUAGAUACACUUUGGCCUGGAUGACUCUGCAGUAUGGUAGAACGCAGUAUUCUCUCUGAAUCCAAGGGACUAUUUGUGAUACCCUCUCCCUUGGUCUAUUUACUAAGUUAUACUCCUGGUCUCCUUUAUUGUAUUAUUCUAAAAUGUAAAGAACACAUUCCUAAUGUAGGACAUCACUAGAGUAGUCUCUCCUAUAGUAACGUGGCCAUUUAACCAAUUUAACACACUAAAACCUGACCUUAUAGUCACUCUGUGCUUAUAUUUUAGACAGUGUAUUAAUCUCUGUAUGUGUUGUGAACCUGUCAAGUCAAACCAUCUUAACAAUGUGCAUCACAUCAGUAAAGUAGAUCAAAUAUAUCAUUACAUAUAUAUGUAUAGCCUCCAGCAGAGGAGAGAGCUAGCAAGAAAGAGAUUGAGAGUGAAUGUGUGUGUGUUUGUGUUCAUGUCUCUCUGAAAACCCCAUGUUUCUCUUGCUAGCUGUGUAUUAUCUUGUACAAAGUGUACACUCCUUAAUAGUAGUAAGCGCGUGUGUUGUCGCGUGCUCAAAAUUGUUAGGAGCAGCUGCUAAGUGUGAGUAGAUGAAGAAUAGCGUAGAAAAUGGCCUCCUCCUUUCUGGAAGUGUACUUUGUCUCUUGUUGUUUGUGGUUGACCUUUGGAGACCUCUUAGCCAUUUCAGACUUAUGCCUCUUGCUUCUCUGUGUCCUCGUAAAAACAGGGUCUCAGGUAUACUCGUCUCCAUCAAACUACUCCGGUAGUUGUAGGAACAAUAGCAUUCAGUGCAUAGGAAACAGAAUCUUGAGCCAUCCGAAUGCUAAAUUAUAUUUAGAGUUUGUUGCAGAGGGUCAGAAUACUACUUUCUGAGUACCUCAACGCAGCAUCGCUUUGAUUUUUGCUUGCUUUUUGUUAAACGCGCCUUGCGAUGCCGAUACAGGAUGUACGAGUGACUUGUGCCCAACUGUGUGCAGUGCUAAAUCAAGUAUAUUGCUUUUUAUAACAUAGUUAAAUGUAAAACAAUAACUAGUUAAGAUUAAUUAACAAAAUCCUCAUCCUUGUAACCAACUUUAAAUUGUAUUGGCACGCGUUUUAUCCUCAUAUUCAGAAAAUGAAAGGCUCACACUGAUCCAUCAGAAUCAGUUAAAUGGCUGUAAUUUAGUCCCUUUAAAUUGUGCUGUCAAGACAUCAUGAGCCUCUGUUAGAGUGUUUCUGUGGGCGUCAAAAUCCUCUUCAGAUGUAACUACUCCGCAGCAUGAAGGAAAGAAAACGGUGCAGCUCAGCAGGCCUUUAAUGUCACAUGACAGCAGUCAACUUUUCGGUUGCCAAGCAAUUACCUACACAGUAACGCCAUGUAUAAACACAGAAGCAGUUAGACCUUUCCACGCUUUGAGUAUUUGGGUCUGCACAUUCACGUUGACACAAAGUCCUGAUUGGCUUUAUUAUGCUUUUAACACUGCAGGCGUUUACUUGUACUUGGAUGCAAUUACCGUUGCUCAGACGUUUAAGGGUCUUCUUAACCGUAUCUCAAAGCCAUGUCUUUUCAUAAUCUCGACAUGCAUAUAGCACAGAUGUUAUUAAAGAGGUUGUAUACAAAAACAUAAUCAACUAAUGAGCACAAAAGCCCUGUUGUUAAAUAGCUUGCUUACUCCACAGUGUUGCUUUUGUUAAGUAGCUUUAUUCGUUCAAACAUAAUAAUAAUGUAUGUCUGUAUGCUCGUGUGUGUGUGGGUGUUUGUCUCUGUAUUCGUUUUACGGAACUCCAUCUAACUAUCAAUCAGAUGUUUGCGUGGCCAGUCUCAGCGUAGAACUAGAGGAGAUUUCUCUUUCCAGGAUGCCUCUGUCUUUCUUAGUUGACAAAUUGUGAGCUGGGUGAAACUGCCAACACCAUAAUGCUCCAAAAGAAAAAUGAAUCCAAUGGCCACCACUCACUUGAGAACAGGGGUGGCCAUAAGGGUAGGCUGGCCUUUUAAUCAUGUGUUGAAUCUAAUGUACAGUAUGCUCAAAAAGCCUCUUAUGCCCUGAGAUAGAUUUGAAUGGUUCCCUUAAGAGCCACGGCUAAAUAGCAGUAAAUUCUGUGUUUUGUGUCUCUGUGUUUCCAUUUCUACUCGGCUUCUGUGCUUUUGGUUCGAGAAAAAAAAACAGCUUAGGGUUUAGUUAAAUCCACAUUGCCUCAUAAAAUAUAACACCGAAGAGCUUGCAUGUGCAGUUUGUGUUGCUGUAACUCAAUGUUCAUGUAUUGUAAUCCUUCUCCUUUCUCUCUCAGUAGAAUAAGUCCGUGCAUGUAUGCGUUGGGGAGCUUUUUGUUCUACAUGAAUUUAACAGAGGAGGACGGAGAAAACAGAAAAAUAAACGUUAAUUCGCUUUGCCUGCAAGUCAACUUUGGGCAGUAUAGGUAACCAAAGAAAGAGUACUUAAACUAGGGUUGUAGUGAAAACAGAAAAACAAACUUUAGAAGAAUAAAGGAAUGUGUCAUCUACGUACAUAGGAAGUUAAGAUACUGCCAUUCAUAUCCCAUGUAGUGUUCCUCGAUGUUUGCCAAUACGUUACAAAACAUCUUCAGGUAACCAUUGGCCUUAUAGAUGUCCUCUAAUGGUUGAAUAUUGUAUGUAUAUCAAAAUAACACCACAGAAUAGCUAAUUGUCUGUCUCAUAUGGUACCGGUAUUCCUAUUGUUAUGUUUGUCGUGUCUUUUUGGCACUUUGUUGUCUGACCUAUGAAUGCAUAGGUUACAUUUCUAAUUACUUGAGUAAUGUCAUAUAUUUCUGUGUGUUCUACGUGAGGUACUGCUGCCUAUGGAUAUAGAUAUGUGCCUCCGACAGCCCAUAACAUUGUUUUGAUUUGAAAACAGAGUAGAUAUUGAUAUAACAAAUAUCUUUUAAAUAAGUGUGAAAUGUAAAAAAGAAAAAAGGAAAUAUAUAUCAUAUAUGUGAAAUGCAUUUAUUUAUUUUCAAUGUCACCAAUCUUUGAGGCCCUACCUCAGAUUUUGUAUUUAUGUAUAGAAAUGCAAUUGGAUUAUAGUAUCUUUGCCAAUAAUAAUAUAUCGCUAUUAUAUCAUGAAAUGUAUAACCUAUGACUCAAUAAAUAAAUGUCAUUGUUUUA